GAAACGUUGAUGAGGACAUGGUGAGAUCACUGGUUUACAAAAGGUUGAUGAAAAACUGUCGUAAGAAACAAAGUGGUGGAAUCCGAUACAGAGCAAAGGCUCCUCAACUCGUGGACACAAGCAGGAGCUGUGCAGGACAUCUGCCUGGAUCUCCGGAGUUUUCCUGUGAGAAUCUGCGCAUUUCGGAACAGGGAUCGAAGAGGAAAGAGUGAUUCUCAACGUUUACGACAAUGACAAAGCACAGACUCGCAGAGGCUUACUCUAAUCAAACAAAAAGGUGAUUAGUUGCAGCACUACAAUGAACAGUUGAAGUGCAGGUGAAGUUGAACAUGUCGACCAUAUGCUCUUGGGGAAACAAAUCAUUGCUCUUUUGUCCCGAAACUUCGUUCCAUUGUUAUUCUUAUCAUCUAUGACAACACGUGAGCC